AUGUCCUCCGUCUUCGAUGACUUCAAAGAAGGCCAGAAGAUCGGCUCUGGUCCCCGCCUCGCAUCAGCUCUUACCCCCGUUGCACCCGCGGAGUACCCCGAUCGGUUGAAGUCGUUCUACUACUUCUCCAACGCCGUCCAUGUCUCCGCUGACCUCCGCUACUCGUUGUUCCAGGCCAAUGGCUUGAGGCUUCCCAAGCAAGAGCAAGGUGCUUGGGUCGAUAUCUUCACGUCGUAUUGGAAAACGGUGGGGGAGCUUGUCCGAUUCGACGACGCCCCCAGCCAUGCCAGCUGGGGGAAAGUGUUUGAGGCUUGGAAGGAAACGGCAAAUCUUUUGAUCAGGGGAUACUCGUCGAACGGACUGCAAGCUUGGACAGUGCCAUGUCUAUAUGUUGUCGGAAGAUAUCUGCGAAUCUUUGCCAUAAAGGCAGAUGCGGAACUGGCUUCCCAAGACUCUGUCGCUUUUGACGAUCGCUUUCAGGAUGAUGCUACUGCUGACGUCAGGAAUGCGAAGCUGGAAGAGGCUACACGGGUGCUCAAUCGAAUGUUCACGCUGUGUCUCAGUGACAGGGCUCCGAUCGAAGAAUCACGGAAAUGGGGAGUGUAUGACACCACCAAUCUACUGUUCAAAACAUACUUCCGACUCAAUACCGUUGGCCUAUCUAAGAACCUGCUGCGUGCCCUCAGAGCCUCGUCCGCCGACCUCCCUGACGCGGACGCUUUCCCGAAGUCCCACAUUGUCACCUUUGAGUACUAUGUCGGAGUUAUACACUUCCUCGAUGAAAAUUAUGCUGAAGCUGAAGAGCAUUUGUCGUACGCAUGGAAAAUGUGCCAUAUAAAUGCAAUCAAGAAUCGGGAGUUGAUCCUCGCCUAUCUCGUGCCCUGCCACCUCGUCACCACACACACUUUGCCGAGCAAGAAGCUUCUCGCCCCGUUUCCUCGCCUAGAGAAGCUCUUCCGCCCUUUGUGCGACUGUAUCAAAAAGGGAGACCUGGGCGGGUUUGAUGCCGCGAUGACGGCGGGUGAGGAGGAGUUUGUUAAGAGGCGCAUAUAUCUGCCCCUCGAGAGAGGACGCGAUAUCGCCCUGCGAAACCUUUUCCGAAAGGUCUUCAUUUCUGGUGGAUUCGACGAGUCCAAAGAUGGACAGCCCCCGAUUCGGCGCACGCGGGUUCCCGUCGCUGAGUUUGCAGCAGCCUUGAGAAUCGGUACUCAUGCGGAUGAAAGGUCCCGGGUGGACAUUGACGAAGUCGAGUGCCUAUUGUCAAAUCUUAUUUACAAGGGAUUAAUGAAAGGUUACAUCGCCCGCGAACGUGGCAUGGUCGUGUUGAGCAAGGGUGGCACCGCAUUCCCUGGAACCGGCGUCUAG